AUAGUCAUCCCCUAGGAAGGGUCUUUUUGGAGUUCCACUAUCAUCAGAUCAUCAAUGAAGAAUGGCUUCUGAGAUAGACAGACUAGCAACUGCAGCAGCCACUGGAAAUCUCCAAGUGGUCACUGAGCUAUUGAAUAACGGAGUAGAUCCCAAUGCUACGAACUCCCUGGGAAGAACACCUAUCCAGGUGAUGAUGAUGGGACAUCCGAAAAUAGCAAGACUACUCAUUGAGCAUGGUGCGGAGCCUUCACUUCCUGACCCUUCAACUGGCACAUGCCCAGCUCACGAUGCCAUUCGUGAAGGAUUCGUAGACACACUUCUUGAACUUUUAAAUGGAGGAGCAAGUCUAUACAACCCAAUGGACAAUUUUGGUCAACGCCCUAUCGAUCUGGCCUCAGAUGAUGUUCUGGAACAGCUGAAUCAACUAGGAAUCCUAAAUCUCCCUGAGAUCCCUGAUUAGUGAUUUUCUA